CACAUGUCAGUUACAUUGCCCUUGAAUUUUUUUUUUGUGGGCGGUCAAUUACACUACCCUACAAAAGCUGGUAAUUUGUUAGGCUACCAUACAAAAGUUGGUACUUAGUUACACUACCCUACAAAAAUUUGUUCGCUUAGACUCGAAGCAAGAGAGAAAUCUAUGCGUUGAUGCAAGUAUAUAACAAGCCCCCUCCCUCCUGUACAUCCAGCUAUCAUACAGUUCAUCUUGAAGGUCUUAAUCUGUCAUACAAUCCUCUUAGUCUUCAGAUAAGAAAUUUCAUGGAUCUCUCCAUGAAAGUCUUUGUGGUCGUCCUCCUGCUUCUUGUGGCCACUGAGGACCAGGGACCAGUGCAAGUAGCUUUGGCGAGGGACUGCAAGUCACAGAGCUACAAGUUCAAGGGGAUGUGCGUGCGCGAUGACAAUUGUGCAAGUGUUUGCCUGACCGAGGGUUUCCCCAGAGGCAAGUGCAAGGGCUUUGCAUGUUCCUGCCACAAGGAUUGCUAGAUGGCCCUGAUUUGUCUAUUGCAUACAUGCUUUUGUGUAAUAACUACUGAAUAAAUAAUAGUAGAUCUAUAUCUA